UCAAGAAACAAAACAAUAAGAGGGAAUCAUCUCCUGCAAAGAGGAUUAGACUUAUAUACACACACAUAAACAUAAUUAAAGACAGACCAUGUCGUAUUCAGCAACAAUGAAACGGUCACUCGAGAUUGAGGUGAUCUCAGCAGAAGGGCUCAAGGCAGAUCGUAAACCAUUGAAGAGAAAAACAUACAGCGUCGUCAGCAUCGACCAGAAAUAUUUUGCUUCCAAGCCGGAUGAUCUGGGUGGGAGCUGUCCUGUUUGGAAACACAAAUUCGACAUGGAGAUGCCAAUAAACGGAACCGUAGGGUUCAUUACCGUCGAGGUACGUUAUCGGACGAGUGGAGGAGCUGAGAAACAUGUCGGAUACGCCAAGAUUCCCGUGACGGAUUUCAUGGGAGGUUUUGCUCCGCAAGGGCAUUUGAACUUCUUGAGUUACAGGUUGAGAGAUGAGUAUGGUGACAAAUGCGGCGUCGUCAAUGUCUCUAUCAUGGUGAAACCUGACAGAUCAAUACCAGUGCCGUUGCCUUCGUCUUCAUUUGCGCCGUGUUCUUCCCAAGCUGCUGCUAAUAACCAUAUGUGGAGACCGAGGACUUCUUCAUCAAUGGCUUCCACUGCUGUUUAUGGCGGUGGUCGUGUAGUCACCGGAGUUCCUGUUUGGUGUGCGUACCAACGCCCGGCUUAAUUUUAUUUUUCGUACCUGACUUGAUCCUACGACUGCACAUAUUUAUCUUUUGAUUUUUUUUUUGCCAUGUUUAUUCCGAAAAUUGGGAUUUAAUGGGAAAAAAUAAAAUAAAACGUUGAUUAAUCAUGAAAUCUGUUCGAUUGAAGUAUUAUGAAAUAAAUAAAACACAUUUGCUUAAAAGCUUUCACAA